AUGACGCACUGCCCUAAAGAGAAGCGUCCUGGGAGAAGUGGCCAACCGCCCACGGACUGUGUGUGGCACAUCACAGAAGGUUCACGUCCAAAGCCAUUGAGAAGCUGUCAGACUGACGGCUUUGGGAACGCCGUCGUCCUCCGGAUCCCGGUCACACGCUCGAUACAGAAAAACGAGGAGCCAGAGAGCAGGAGCGAGACCUCAGCAACGCCUUCGAACUUGGGCCCCACAGCUCAGCCCCGAGGUCAGCACUUAGUGUUAGCCCGAGAGGCCCCCUGGGCCAAACCACACUACGAGUUCAAUCUGGGACACGUCAAAUUCAGGGGAAACGACACAUGUAUAGACGGCAAGGAACUUCCUUUCCAUCAGGUGGCCUUCCAACGGGGAUCGGCACCAGCAAAACAAGAUGGCAAGAGGGACCAAGGCCAUCUGACCUCAGUGGAUUUGAAGAUCCCGCAAGUCCGUGGCUUGGACCUCUCAUGUGAAACGAACGCCACAAACCAUUACACCUACAGCCCAUUGCUGGUGAACUCACAGCUGGAAAAUGCACUUCACAGAAAACUCCGAGUGAUCCUCCCCAAGCAGAACGUGUGGCAUAGGAGAGGGAUUGGGAGCUUGGCUGAUGGGGGUCAUGGCUCCUGGGGCUGUGAGACCGAGCGGCCGGCCUCCAGCAGUAAGCCACAGCAGCAGCAACAAGCCAGCUCCGACCAGGACAGCGACUCCAAACAGCCCAGGAAGAAGCGAGGCCGCUACCGCCAGUACAACAACCAGAUCCUUGAGGAGGCCAUCGCCGUGGUGAUGGGUGGGCAGAUGAGUGUCUCCAAAGCGCAGAGCACCUACGGGAUUCCACACAGCACCUUGGAGUACAAAGUGAAGGAGCGCUUGGGCACUCUAAAAAAUCCGCCAAAGAGAAAGCUCAAGCCCCCCCAGCCCGAAACCCCCCAGCUGGGGGACGAGGCAGAGCAGAGGGCCAGCCCACCGAAGGAUGAAGAGUGUUAGACAUCAAAGGGAAACUCUUGACACUUGGGCCAGCACCAGCACAGCAACCAGCCUGGGAGGGAGAGAUGGGAGGUGGGGGAGGGGGUGUGGUGGGAUGCGAAGGGGUUAGGAGAAUUCCCUUCCCCUCUGAGGACAAUACCGUCAGUGCUUAAUACUAACCCUGACUGCAGACUGAUCCCUGAUUCCCCCUCUUCCACCCCAAGCCCCGAGUGUGUGAGUGCAGUCUUUUUCUAAAUGCUGUCUGUCCGUGCACUAGUGAGUGAGUGAACUUAGCCGUGAGCCAGAGACAUUGUAAACGGGAGGCCGAGGGCACUGCCACUUUCAAACCGCGAGCUAAACCAGAGGAAGGUGGUAGGUUGGGGUUUAGUCAUGUACGCACAGCUGUGUGCGUUAGGGCUUCCUAUCAAAGGCACGUUUCCACUGCAUGGUUGUGAGCCAGGCUGCUGCCAGCCAUGCAGGGUGAACGGGUGGGACAGGGCUCGCGUGAAUGGAGGUAGGCACAGCAGGGGGGACCAUGUACACCGCAUUGGGAUGCAUUGAGAGACAAACAAACCUGAUGUCAGUGUCUCGCCCCACCAUCUUCAGGUGGACCUUGUCCAUUUGUCUCCCAUCCCCUCAAAUGGGGCAUUUAAAGCGAUGUAGGUCAAAAUGGCUUCCCUCCCAGCAGUAUAAGUACACCAGAGAUGUUGCUAAAGCCAGAGUCGGCUUUACAGGGCCUGCCCUCGCCUCACCAGCACAGAAAGAAAUGAAGCAAGGUUACCUCCCAUUGUUUGCCCUUUUUAAUUUUGCCUGUAAAAUCACAGUAACUACACAUUACAGUAAGUUGUGUGAAGCACUUUUAGUUAUCCUCCUGAC